AUGACCGCGUCCCCCCGAUACAAGCGCAUCCUCCUGAAGAUAUCCGGCGAGGCGCUGAGGGGAGACGCGCCUUACGGGAUCGACGGGGAGGCGGUGGAUCGGCUCGCCGGCGAGAUCGCCGAGGUUCAAGAGAGCGGCGUGGAAGUCUGCGCCGUCGUCGGCGGCGGCAACAUUUUCCGCGGCUCCUCCGACGCCGCCGCCGGCAUGGAGCGGGCGACCGCCGACUACAUCGGCAUGCUGGCGACGGUGAUGAACGCGGUCGCGAUGCAGCAUGCCCUGGAGCGGCUCGGCAAGGCGACGCGGGUCCUCUCCGCGCUCCCGAUCGCGCCAGUCUGCGAGCCCUACAUCCGACGGCGUGGGCAACGUCACCUCGAAAAGGGGCGGAUCGUGCUCUUCGCGGGCGGUACCGGAAAUCCGUUCUUCACCACCGAUACCGCCGCGGCGCUGCGGGCUGCGGAAAUGGGGUGCGACGCGCUGCUCAAGGGCACCAAGGUCGACGGCAUCUAUGCAGCCGACCCCGAGAUCGUUGCCGGGGCGGAGCGCUUCGAGCGGCUCUCCUAUCUGGAGGUGCUGUCGAAGGACCUGAAGGCCAUGGAUGCGUCGGCGAUCUCGCUGGCGCGGGAAAACGACAUUCCGAUUGUGGUAUUCUCCAUUCGCAAGAAGGGCGGGCUUGCCGCCGUACUGGACGGGAACGGACCCUUCACCAUCAUAUCGGACCAGGGCUGUCGCGAUGGCCGAUCCUGA